CAAAACGGCCAUUGAGAACGCUGAGAGACAUCAGGCAAGCUACCUAGGUAUGCAGGGAGAAGAAGCAGAGGAGGUUUGUCUUUGCCUCACCUUGGGGACAACGGCAGAUGCUGGAGCCAUCUGGAUCCUUCUCCCUCACCUGGUUUGCUGAGUACCAGGACCUCCUGUCUGCCAGUACCUCCUAAACACAGAAAGAGAACAACAAGUGUGGUGGCUGCACCCCCAUCCUCCCCCAGCCUGCUGUCUGUGACAGAGCCCAGCCCGCUCAGCCAAUCAGCACCCAGCAUCCUGGAACCACUGCUCUGUUCCAACAGUUUGAUGCAGGCCAGAGCACACAUCCAGAGCCGACUGGGUUCUCAAGAAACUGAAAAUGAACAAAAGGGUCCCUUACUGUCUCUGCAUCCCAGAACCCCCAAGCUGUUGGCCCCACUGGACAGCAGGCCCUGGGACAUUGCUGCCCUGCCAGCACUUAAACACCACGUUCCCCUGAAGCCCAUAAACCAGAGCCCCCUUUGCUCCAGGACCCGGCUGAGGAGAGAACGGUUGUUCCGGGGAAGCCCACUGACUACUAACGGAGGAAGUGAGGAAAGCGGGUCCGGCAGCAGCCAGAGUUCCAUCGACCUGGAGGACGAGGAAGAUACAAAGAAGAUACGAGCUUCUGGAGAAAGUCCUCUUAAGUUUGUUGGAGAAAGAUUGUUGCGGCAAUCCAACAGCACGAGCGCCACCGAGGCUGAUUUGGUUUGGGAUAAAGGGCAGCAUUUUAAAGUUCAGUCAAGAAUCAGUCAUAUUCCACUGAUCCACAGAUCAGUACAUGACCUGGACGGAGACCCUAUCAGUGAUCUUGACAAUGCUGAACCAGCUAUAAACCCUCACUCUGAAGGCAAAGCCACCAGAAGGAUUUUUACAAAGGAGACUGAUGAGAGUCAGUCCUUUAUGAACUAUGCACAAAAAGGAGACAUUGUGGACAUUGAAAUACCUAUCAAAUCAAAGUCUAAAGAGGAAAAUAACUAUGUGGGUUGCACCCCAGAGCCUGGGACUGAGAUUAGCCAUAGCAUAACAUUUAUUAUCAAGGAUGACAAUAGGGAUGUUAUUGCAUACCGUGAAGGAACUUCCACAAAUGACCCACAACAAGUUAAACGGACAGAACGGAGAAUGAAGGAUUCCUGUUAUGAAAUAAACGGCGUAGGUAGCCCAAUCAUUUGUAGCAAGGAUUUGACGUUAACUGCUAGCAAUACCGAGGAGAAAAUACAAUUAUUUACUUCAGCUGUAAAACUUCCUCAGUCAGACAUGGAUCCCAAGAAAGAUGAGAAGAUGUUGAAAGCCUUAAAGCCUGUCCGAAGCAAGGACAGAAGAAGUAGCACAAACAGUGAAAUGAGAGAAAACAUUCAAACGAACCAGCAGUCCUUCAACAUGGAAGCGCGCAAAGAGCGAAGCAUCCUCAAUCGGAAUAAGUCCACAAGUAAUCUUAAGAACUCCUCACUUUCCGCACAAGGUAAAGAUAAAACAAGGAAAAGCCCAGAGCUAAUUAUUGGCGGAGAGACUGUCAUAAAAGGGAAGUCAAAGCUUAAAGUUGCAUGUUCUAAUAAUGGCACCAUAUCACCUAGGAAGAAGCUUAAUGAUCAGAGCAAAAGACCAAAUCCUGAGAAGAUGAACAGCAACAGAAUUCCACCAGUUAGGGAGGUGAAGACCAUCUGUCAGUUAAAGAGACCCAUAGCAGGCAAACCAAGGUCUAAAUCUGCCGUGGACUUCAUCACCUACAAAGACAUGUUUAAGCAGAUCCAUAGUGGGGAUGAAGGACCAGCCAUCUACGAGAUGUUUGCUGGUCCCGUCUAUGAUAACCUUCGAGUUUCUAGCUCCUGUGAGAAAGUCAAGGACAGACAAGUGCAGUCUGCUCCAUCUAAGAGGACGCCACAGUGGCAUAAAGUCAAACACAGAACAUCGAAACAAGCACAGAGGAGAAGUCCAGGGAGCAUGGUUAUUUCAGCUAAAGGCAAACCAAAACAUGCGUCCUCUAGGGUGAAACAUCUCCACACACCUGUGCCAAGAAAAGUUAUUCCGAAAAAUAAGAAUAUGCCUGUAUCAGAUAGACUCAAAGAAGCUGAACUAUCUAAGGAUGUUGACAUUUUCCGUGGUAGUGCUCAAGAAACCAUUUUGUCUACCAUCGAGGAAGCUCUUUCUAGACAUGGGUCUGAAACAGUCAAAUCUGACGAAAACACAUUGACCAAUCCAAGAGCUUUAUCUCAUUAUACUCAUCCCCACAUGAACAUGCAAGAAAUAGAAAACCCAAACCGACCAGUUUCUGAGCCUGUGUUAUCUCAAAGCCCCCAACAGGCAAAGAUCCAAACCUGGGCUUCUUCCAGCAGUGGUGACCACACCAUUGUGUCACCAGUUUACAAGAAGUUUCUGGAUGAGGUGGGGGACGGGCCACUUACAGAUGACCUGCUGCAAUGUCUGGCUGAGGAGCUGAUCUCAUUGGACGAGAGAGAUGUAUACAUAGAACCUGAGAGCCUGGAAUCGGAUGGAGAAAUCAAUUCUAUAUCAGUAAAGACCCCAGACAGUGGUGCUCUGCUUGGCUCUGUGUUGGUUGUAAAUGACGCGAUCACAUGGACAAAAGGUGAAGUACUCGGCAGGGGAGCCUAUGGGACAGUGUACUGCGGCCUGACCAGCCAGGGCCAGCUGAUAGCUGUGAAGCAGGUGAGCCUUGAUUCCUCUGACCCAGAUGCUGCCAAGACAGAGUACAUUCGUCUGCAGGGGGAGGUGGAGCUGCUUAAAACUCUAAGACACAGCAACAUUGUGGGUUUCCUGGGUACCUCACUCCAACAGCAUGUGGUUUCCAUAUUUAUGGAAUACAUCCCAGGAGGAUCCAUCGCCAGCAUCCUUCACAGGUUUGGUCCUCUGCCAGAGCGUGUCCUGGCCUUGUACACACAUCAGAUUCUGGAAGGGGUGGCCUACCUUCACCUGAACAGGGUGAUUCAUCGUGACUUGAAGGGAAACAACAUCAUGCUGAUGCCCACUGGCGUCAUCAAGCUCAUCGACUUCGGCUGUGCGCGUCGUCUCAGCUGCCUGAACCACACCGCUAGCAACAGUGGAGAUCUGCUGAAGUCUGUCCAUGGCACACCUUACUGGAUGGCACCAGAGGUUAUCAAUGAGACAGGAUAUGGCACAAAGUCUGAUAUAUGGAGUGUGGGUUGCACAGUGUUUGAGAUGGCCACAGGAAAACCACCACUGGCUCACAUGGGCAAGAUGGCUGCCUUGUUCUACAUAGGGGCUAAAAGAGGGGUGAUGCCCUCCUUACCAGAUGGGUUUUCAGAUAACGCAAAGGAUUUUGUACAAAUCAGCUUGACAAGCGACCAGAGACUACGGCCAUCUGCAGACCAGCUGCUGAAGCAUUCAUUCAUCCCCCCAAAUAAGUUUGGGGCGAACUCCUGGGAGAAGCAGAAAAAAAGCUGCUGUGGUCACCCAGAGGGUUUGUGCGGCUAACAAGUUCCAUCUCCAAGAGAAUGUUUAGUUCAAGGACACAUUGAUGAUUUCAUUUGAAUUGAUGAAUCAAAUUAUUAUUAAGCAUUCUUUUGCGUCCCUUAGAGGGGUAGACACCAACCCUAUUGAUGCAGUAGUAGUGUAUUUGAGCAUUGGGCUUAUGGUCAUUGUAUUCUUAAAAUGUUAAGAAACAUGAGAAGCACUUUGAACCAUUUCACUUUUGCCUAAUAGAACAUAUAAAAUGUGAACAGAUAGAUUUCAUGUUUUUUUACCGAUUUUGUAGAUUUUCCAUAGAAAUCUCAUGUGUGCCAAUCUUAUAAAUGCCUUGAUUUAAAAUGUAUACAAUGCAACUCUCAGCUGCCUGUCACACACUAAUCUAUAUUGCUGCAUCAUUUUCAAAAGCAAGUUCUGAGUUAUUGAGGAAUCAAUGUGUAGAGUUUGCUAAUGCAUCAACUAACCCACAUUAACUUAUUGCUAGAACGUGAAUCAAACAUGUUUAUUUUCUUCGCAACCGUAGUAACAUUGUUAUAUGCAAAAUAAAACAACAACAACCAGGGUU